UCUCUUGUUUUAAGAAUGGUCACUAGUAAAGACAUCUGUGAUGCAUUUCACUCCACUCAAAGCUGCAUUGCUCAGAUAAGACCCUUGAAGUGUUGCCUAAAUAAGGAAGAAACAGUGGAGAGAUUAAGCUUGACACAAGACAAGAGUGGCACAGGCAUUGAACAGGUUGUGCUGGAGACGACCUAUUUUACCUUCUUGACUUCUGCUUUUCUAACAGAAAUAAAAAUGACAAUGGCUUUUCAAGAAUAUAGGAACAAUGAAAAUGAAGAAGAGGAGGAGAAAGAAGAAGAAGAAGAAGAUGGUGAAAAGGUGUUUUUUAAACAUAUUGUUGAAGAUAAAAACAUGGAACUUGCUAGAAGAUGUUCUGAACUGAUAAGCAAUGUCCGUUAUAAAGGAGAAUAUGAAAAAUCUAAAGGUAAAUUCACAUUUGUCCAUGAUACCCCUCAGCAAAUACAUUUGAAAAAUCUCUCUGCCUUUAUGUCUGAGGCAAAAUACAAAGCGAAAGCAAAGAAAGAGCUUUCCAACUCGCUCUACCAGCAGAUGCCAGCCACAAUUGAUAGCGUGUUUGCAAAAGAAGUUAUGCAACUUCAGAGCAAGGUUCUGUAUAAACAGAAACAUACUGAUGAAAAGGGAAUGUCAAGUUAUGCUCAGAUGAAGGAGCCUCCAGAUGUUAAGCAUGCCAUGGAAGUUAGUAAACACCAAAGUAAUAUUUCGUAUAAAAAAGAUCUCCAAGAUACUCAUAGGUACACAGAAGUUUCAAACAGACCUGAUGUAAUGAUGGCAACCCAGUUAACGAAAAUAAUAAGCAAUGCUGAAUAUACAAAAGGAAGAAGAGAAAUGAAUAAGGAGCCAACAGUGCUUGGAAGACCAGAUUUCAACCAUGCUCAAGAAGUUUCUAAAUUUUUAAGCCAAGUUAAAUAUAAAGAGCAGUUUAUGAAGGAUAUGAAGAAAUACUGCUUCAAUCCUGUUGAAAGUGCUUCUUUCAAGCAGGCACAACUGGCAUCCGCCUUAGCAAGCAAUGUGAAAUACAAAAAAGACUUGGAAAACCUUCAUGAGCCCACAUCUGCCUUUCCAAACUUGCUUCAUUUAGAUCAUGUUUUGAAUGCCAGCAAGAUUCACAGUGACUAUGAAUAUAAGAAACUGUUUCAGAAGAAUAAAGGAAUGUAUCAUUUUGAGCCAAAUACAGCUGAACAGCGACACCAUAAGGAAAAUGCAGUGCUCCAAAGUCAGGUCAAGUACAAAGAGAAGUAUGAAAAAUCAAAAGGCAAGUCUAUGUUGGAAUUUGUGGAUACACCAUCAUAUCAAAUUUCAAAGGAGGCUCAAAGUUUUCAAAGUGAGAAAAUGUAUAGAAAAGAAUAUGAAGUCAAAGUCAAAGGAAGGGCAGCAUUGGAUUUAGACAAGACACCAGAAUUCUUGCAUGUGAAACAUCUCACUAAUCUUCUAAAAGAGAAAGAGUAUAGAAAAGAUCUGGAAGAAGGGAUGAAAGGAAAAGGAAUGAUGGUGUUUGAAGAUACGCCAGAUUUGAUUAGAGUGAAAAAUGCAGCUCAGAUACUAAAUGAGAAGGAAUAUCGCAAGGAUGUAGAAAAUGAAAUAAAGGGAAAAGGAGUUAAGCUUAUUUCAGAGACUCCUGACAUGCAAAGAGCGAAGAGGGCAUCUGAAAUCAUUAGUGAGAAAGAAUAUAAAAAAGAUUUGGAGACUAAAAUUAAAGGGAAGGGAAUGCAAACUGGCACAGAUACACCUGAAAUGCAGAGAGCCAAGAGAGCAUCUGAAAUUGCGAGUGAGAAGGAAUACAAGAAACAUCUAGAAAUGGAAAUUAAAGGGAAGGGGAUGCAGGUGGGCAUGGAUACUCCUGAUAUACAACGAGUGAAGAGAGCUUAUGAAAUUGCAAGCCAGAAAGAAUAUAUGAAGCACCUGGAGACAGAAAUCAAAGGGAAAGGAAUGCAAGUGGGCACAGACAUCCCAGAGAUUCAACGAGCAAAGAAAGCUUCCGAGAUAGCUAGCCAGAAAAAAUACAAAGACAAAGCAGAAAAGAUGCUACAUAUGUAUUCUGCUGUGCCAAAUACUCCUGAGAUUGAAAGGAUUAAAAAUACCCAGAGAAAUAUCAGUGUUGUACUUUACAAGAAGGGAUUAGGUGCUGGCAUAGCAGUAACAGAGACGCCAGAGAUUGAACGAGUAAAGAAAAAUCAACAAAAUAUUAGUGCAGUGUAUUAUAAAGGUCCCCUUGGUAAAGCAACUUCUGUGAGUUUUACUCCAGAAAUGGAAAGAGUCAAGAAGAAUCAAGAAAUUAUCAGCUCGGUAAAAUAUACCAGAGAUCAGCAAGAGAUGAAAGGUAGAUCCACAAUGAUUCUAGACACACCUGAGUUAAGACAUGUCAAAGAGGCACAAAACAACAUCUCAAUGGUCAAAUAUCAUGAAGACUUUGAGAAGACGAAAGGGAGAGGAUUCACUCCAAUAGUGGAUGACCCUGUGACUGAAAGAGUGAGAAGAAAUACCCAGGUGGUUAGUGAUGCUGCCUAUAAAGGUGUUCACCCACAUAUAGUUGAAAUGGACAGGAGACCUGGAAUAAUUGUCGACCUCAAAGUUUGGCGCACAGAUCCCGGCUCCAUCUUCGACAUUGAUCCCUUAGAAGAUAACAUUCAGUCUAAAAGUCUACAUAUGCUUUCGGCAUUGUGUUUCCCUUUUGUAGAAAAAGCAAGGCGUUACAAUAAGCAACAUUUACAUUCUACUAGUACUUCUGGCGCUGGAGAUGACAAGUCAGAUGGUUCUAUAUUUUCUUAUUCCAGCGAGGUAACAAGGCCAUCUAAUGAAGGAGCCCCUGUGCUUCCAGGAGCAUAUCAGCAGGGCCACCCACAAGGAUACGGUUACAUGCACCAGACUAGUGUGUCAUCUAUGAGGUCAAUGCAUUCACAGCCUCAUUCAGCUAACUUGAGAACAUACAGGGCUAUGUAUGACUAUAGCGCCCAAGAUGAAGAUGAAGUUUCCUUCAGAGAUGGUGACUACAUCAUCAAUGUGCAACCAAUUGAUGACGGUUGGAUGUAUGGUACUGUUCAGAGAACUGGGAAAACUGGAAUGCUUCCAGCAAAUUAUAUUGAAUUUGUUAAUUAAUACUCACCAGUAGUCUUUCUGAGCUUUAUUUUGAAUUUACCUAAUCUUUACAAAAGUACUUUUACAACCACAUUCUCUUUACUUCCUUUCUUAAUGUAACAAUCUGUGCUCCUAAAUUGAAAUCAACAAAAGAGGUCUUCUUAUGAUAUCCAAGAAGCACUGAGCUCCAAAAAUAUACUGCUUAAAAUGAUGUAUAAGAGCGAGCAGUCAAUCGGAACUGGAAACCUGGUGCUUGUAAUCAUGUAAAAUUAGCUGCCAAACAGAAUUCUGCCUUGACAGUAGGUUGUAUUUCUCAUUUAAGUUGUAACCACAAAGCAGCUGACUUUUUUUUAAGUUCCGUACUUUGAAAUUGUUAGAAACUACAGCUUUCUGUUAAGGUUUGAGCUAUUACAACUCCACAAGAACUGAAAAUGUUGUGAUGAAUAACAUGAUCAAAAGUUGCUUACUACUCCCUGGCAGCCUUAAACAAAGUGUAUCUUAUUCGUAAUGGUAAAAAGUUCCUGAUAAACAA